AUAUGUGCUCACUGGGUUUUGUUUCCUAAGGUCCAGAAAUGCCCUUGGUAUGUCUGACCGACUUCCAAGCACAAGCUCGAGAGCGGCUGCCUAAGGCAUCAUGGGAUUUUAUUGAAGGAGCUGCGGAUGAAGGCAUCACCAUGCGCGACAACAUGGCAGCAUUUAAAAAAAUCCGCCUCCGUCCCCGCUACCUGAAAGAUGUGUCCCAGGUGGACACCGGGACCACCAUCCAGGGGGAAGCCAUCAGUGCUCCCAUUUGCAUCGCACCCACAGCUUUGCACUGCAUUGCCUGGCCUGAUGGAGAAAUGAGCACAGCCAGAGGUAUGACCCAACAGGCAGCCGGGAAUGCCCGAGGGUGUGGGGGAUCCCCCUCUGGCAGUGGCUAAAAAGCUCCAGAACAUCUCACUCAAGGGCCUCAGGGAAACAAUGUGAUUGG